CAUCAAGAUUCAAGAUUAAUCUCGUAGGUUAAGAAUUAUAAUCAAGCAAACCCUAAUCUCUGAACCACGUUUUCACUUCAUCAAAUCUACAAUCAUGGUUGAGUUGCCUUCGGAAAUCAUGUACGACAUCUUUUCAAGAAUGCCUGUGAAAUCUUUGGCUCGUUUCCGCUGUGUAAGCAAGCCAUGGUGCAGCUACAUCAACGAUCCUUACCUUGAAACCAUGCAUGCCAAACGAGCCGCAGUGCACGAUCCCUUGCUCCUCAUGCUCCAUCAAUUAUCUUAUGGCGAACGCAACUCACCAUGCGCACUCAGUUUUUCAGAAUGUAAAGAAGAAGCAGGCCGAGCAGGUAGUUGUACCCUAGAGGUGAGAACGAAGCCACCUGCUAGUGCUAUGCCUAUGGGGUUUAUGUGUAACAGCUGGUAUAACAUAUCCGCAUGCAAUGGUCUGCUCUACGUGUCACAAUGGCACCCUGAUCGCACCACUACUUCGGUUGUGAUCCAUCCUCUAAAAAGAGAAUGUUAUGAGCUUCCGCCCAUCAGGAUGCCGUCAUCAUUUUUCUUCGAAAGCGGGCUUGGCUUUGAUGAUUCCACCAACACUUUCAAGAUGGUGUGCGUCACGAAGAGAGAACAAGUCAUGGUGCAUAUACUGGGCACAGACUCGUGGCGAAAGAUACCCAAAGUCCCAUCGUAUCCUGUAUAUGGUGUAGGCGUGUUCGCUAAUGGAUGUCUGCAUUGGUUAGCAUAUUACAAUAAAGGAAACGAACUGCCAUUAAUAAUUGGAUUUGACGUGAAAACCGAGGAAUUCGGGUUGAUUCAACCUCCCAGAAAAAUACUGCGUCAUGUCAAUCAUGGUUUUUGUGAUCCGGACUUGGCUAACUUACAUGGUCAACUUGGAUUUGUGUACACCAUGCGCUAUAGUGUGGAGGUGUGGGUAUUGAAGGAGAGAGGAUGGGUGAUGUAUUGUGAGUUCAAGCUGAAACCACCUCUUGAUGGGGGUGUCGUAAAGGUCUUAGGUUUCUGGAACAAAAGUGGUGACAUAUUAGUUACACAUCACUUAAAAGUCAAACGGUGGUUCGUUUACAACUUAAAAAGUGACAGUUUGUAUGAAGUGAGCGUCAUUGGUUGCGAAAAAGGAUGUGCAAAAGAUUUUAUAAUGUAUCAAAAUAACUUGUUUUCGACUCGUUAUUCUAUCAAAAACCCAAGGAAUUUUGGGUUAAUCGAGUUUAACGGGUCUAAAGGAUCAACAGGUUGCGGGUCAAGAGAAGAAUUGGUCCAGGGGUAAAAGAGUCAUUCUAAGCUGUUUUGGACAUGGGAAAGGAUGAAAAUCUGGGUGAUUUUGGCUGCAAAUUUAUACUGAUUUGGCAAAGGGUUUCGACCAAGUAAAGAGGACCUCUCUCUAUUCACCAAUAACAU